UGUGAAACGAUGUCGACGUCGUGCUAUUGUUCGGGCCUGUCAGGCUCCUUGCUCACUCACACUCACACAUCGCGUCAGCCCGUUCUUUACGUUUUCAUAUUCCAUCUUAUGCAUAGGUCGACAUGCCUUCGAUAUUACCCGUCGCCUUAAGUGUUAUUGUUGUAGCCACAACUCCACUACUUGGCGUUGCAUUUUAUUAUGUCUGCAUCGUGCCUCGAUUCAAUCCUUUGCGGAAACUGGCUGGACCGCCAGUACGUUGGUUGUUUGACAACCACAUGUCCUUCUUGCUAAAUCCUUAUCGUUCACCGAAAGCCCAUUCGACGUUUGUUCAGAAAUAUGGGCGACAUGUACGCAUUAGGGGGUUAGGUCCGUGGGAUGACAGACUCCUACCCCUCGACCCCGUUUCUGUCGCACAUGUACUUAAGAAUAGUACGAUCUACGAAAAACCGUGGCAGUCUCGUCGAUUUAUCACGAGCCUCAUUGGCUGCGGCAUGCUAGCAGCUGAAGGAGUCGUUCACAAGCGUCACCGCCGCGUCGCCACCCCAGCCUUUUCGAUUCAGAAUCUGAGGUCAAUUGUCCCUGUCGUUUUCACCAAAGGCAACGAGCUGCGGGAGAAAUGGUGUGAGAUACUCGAUAGCUCUGGGAAUACUGGCGAAGGAGUAAGAAUUGACGUCUGCCAUUGGAUAAGUCGGGCGACUUUCGAUGUCAUUGGUCUAGCAGGCUUUGAAUACCAUUUCAACGCCAUCCAGAACGAAUCUGAUGAGCUUUUCCACGCAUAUAAAGAAAUGUUUGAGAUAGCGGUCUCCCAAUCCGACGGAUUACGGACCGUGAUCGGCAUAUACAUUCCUCUAAUCAAUGAAUUCUUCCCAGAUGAACGGGUCAAGACGGUCAAAAGAUGCCAAGAAGUAAUUGAACGUGUCGCUGGUAAACUCAUCCAGCAGAAGAAAUCUAGGAUUGUGGAAGGCGAAGAAACCGGCCUAGGGUAUGCCGGCAAAGACUUACUCACCCUUCUCAUCAAAUCGAACCUAGCCACAGACCUGCCGCCCGACCAGCGCAUCUCAGACGAGGAUAUCCUUCACAACAUUAAUACAUUCAUGUUUGCUGGUUCUGAUACCACGUCUCUUGCCCUGACCUGGACUUUAUAUCUGUUAGCAAAGCACCCUGGAGUCCAACGUCGCUUGCAGGCGGAACUGCUCGAGGCUGCACCUUCCCCACCGGUCUCGCGUCUAACAAGCGAUGAGAUUGAGUCAUUAUACAUUGUCCUGUCGGACCUCCCCUAUCUCAACGAUGUUGUGCGGGAAUCUUUGCGACUGAUUCCACCUGUCCAUUCAUCGCUACGGGUAGCUACACGAGACGACGAGAUACCCAUAUCAUGUCCUAUUCGUCUUCGAGAUGAAUCCAUAUCCGACCAAAAGUCUAUCCGGAUAGCCAAGGGGAGCCUCGUCCACGUCCCUAUAGAAGCAUUCAAUCUAGAUAAAGAGAUAUGGGGCAAAGAUGCAUGGGAUUUCAAUCCGGACCGCUGGGGCACUCUCCCCGAAGCCGUUUCCGCGCUUCCAGGUAUUUUUUCAAACUUAUUGACGUUCUCAGCUGGCCCUCGGUCUUGCAUUGGCAUGCGGUUCUCAAUGAUUGAAAUGAAGACAUUCCUCUAUCUCCUGUUGACCAAUUUUGUAUUUUCUGCUACGGACGAAGAGAUCUUCAAGGCUAAUGUCGUGUUGACUCGUCCGUACAUUACUGGUCAGUUCAAGGCAGGAAGUCAAUGUCCCUUGUUGGUAAAAAGGUAUACACGGCAGAAUGAUUGAAUUUGUACGUGGCUUUCGCCGCGAUAACGAAGUGGCUGCACGAUGAGCCGCGUGUAAUGAUAAUACUGGUCCCCAGCCUUGAUAGCAUUCUCGUCCUGCUGAUUACUUAAUCGUAGUGUAAUGAAAAGUGGAAACAUGUUUAAAAAUGAAACAUCCAAAGUCAUGAUAUACGGAUUCGUG